AUGGUCGCUGCAGUACGAACUCUGCCUCACACUGGGCACCAGUUCUACCAGGUGAGCUCUCCGGGAACCCCGACGCUUCCCAUCCGAAACAUCAGAGAGCUUCCUGAAGCAACAGCAGCGCUGACGGACAUCAAGCUGUGGGCGAUUGACCGACAGGGUUUCCAGACCAUCAUGAUGAGGACUGGUCUCAUCAAACACUCCCAGUACACUGACUUCCUCCGCAGCGUUCCCUCCUUCCAGUCGCUACCUGAGGACAUUCUCAGCAAACUGGCUGAUGUUUUGGAGGAGACUCAUUACAGCGACUCUGAUUAUAUUAUCCGUCAGGGAGCCUCCGGGGACACAUUCUUCAUCAUCAGCGAAGGACAGGUGAAAGUUUCUCAGCAGAACCCGGCCAACGACGAGCAGCUGACUGUGAAGUCUCUCUCUAAAGGGGACUGGUUUGGAGAGCAGGCUCUGAAAGGGGAGGACGUUCGCACAGCCAGCGUCACCGCCGUGGGAGACGUCACAUGUCUGGUCAUCGACAGGGAGUCGUUUAAACAGCUGAUCGAAGGACUCGACGGGGUCAACAACAAGCAGUACGACAGCAAUGAGGUCAAUGCAAAACUGCAGGCGGAGACAGAUUUCUUCUCCAGCGUGUCACUCAGUGAUUUCAACAUCAUCUGCACUCUGGGGAUGGGAGGCUUCAGUCGAGUGGAGCUGGUGCAGUUAAAGAAUGACGCCAGCCGAUCGUUUGCCCUCAAAGUGCUGAAGAAGCGUCACAUCCUGGACACCAGCCAGCAGGGCCACAUCCUGUCCGAGCGCCGCAUCAUGAUGGAGGCUCACAGUCCGUUCAUCAUCAGGUUGUAUCGAACUUUCAGAGACUCCAAAUAUCUCUAUAUGCUGCUGGAGGCUUGCCUUGGAGGAGAACUGUGGACGCUGCUGCGAGACAGGGGCUCGUUUGACGACGGCAUCACUCGGUUCUACACCGGCUGCGUCAUCGAGGCUCUGGCGUUCCUGCACUCCAGAGGAAUCAUCUACAGAGACCUCAAACCCGAGAACAUCAUCCUGGACCACCGAGGAUACGCCAAGCUGGUGGACUUUGGCUUUGCUAAGAAGGUGGGUCUGGGGAAGAAGACGUGGACGUUCUGUGGGACUCCGGAGUACGUCGCCCCUGAGAUCAUCCUGAACAAAGGCCACGACAGUUCAGCUGACUGCUGGUCGCUGGGAAUACUGGUGUUUGAGCUGCUCAGUGGCAGUCCUCCUUUUUCAGGCUCUGAUCCCAUGAAGACCUACAACAUCAUCCUGAGAGGCAUCGACAUGAUCGAGUUUCCCAAGAAGAUCACCAAGAGCGCCGCUAACCUCAUCAAACGACUGUGCAGGGACAACCCGUCGGAGCGGCUCGGAAACCAGAAGAACGGCGUGAAAGAUAUCCAGAAACACAAGUGGUUUGAGGGCUUCAACUGGGACGGCCUCCGGCAGGGAACCAUCGGCUCGCCGUUCACCCCCACGGUGAACGGACCGCUGGACAACAGCAACUUUGACUUUUUCCCAGAGGACGUAGACGACCCUCCUCCCGACGAAGAGUCUGGUUGGGACCUCGAGUUUUAGCAGGAAGCGAUUAAA